CACCGUUCAGACAGCGAUCUCAGUACUAGUGAACACACUCGGUAUGGCAACUUUACCAGUAUGACAAGCAACUAAGGAUUCUGGGAAAAGUAAACUGUGAGCUCAGCCCCUCACACAGCAAGUUAAAGGACAUCUAUGGAAUCUUUGCUUUCUGUUCAGUCCCGAGCGCCUUUCACUUCACCUAAAGAAAUGUCAUUUGAAUACUUCAAAUAUAAAGGAGUAAACUUUUCCCAUGGGUCAUAUACAUCAGAGGCUCUCAGCUUUGCAGAAAAUUUUUUUGAAGUUCUCGAUGAUGAUGUCUAUAUAGUAACUUAUCCUAAGUCAGGCACAAACUGGAUGAUAGAGAUUUUAAGCUUACUGAGGACUAAAGGCGAUCCUACAUGGUGUAAUUCUCUUCCUAUUUGGCUCCGAUCUCCAUGGUAUGAAACCAUAGAAGGACAGUCACAGAUCAAAGAUGUCGCUUCUCCAUGGGUGCUUACUUCUCAUUUACCAAUCCACAUUUUUGCAAAGUCUUUCUUCACAUCCAAAGCUAAGAUCAUCUAUGUCAUGAGGAACCCUAAGGAUAUCCUAGUGUCUUUGUUCUACUUUUCCAAAAUGGUUUGCCUCUAUAAAGAUCCCAAAACCUUUCCAGAGUUUUUUGAAAACUUUUUGCAAGGCAAUGUUCUUUAUAGCUCAUGGUUUGAUCAUGUGAAAGGAUGGAUGCAAAUAAAGGACAAUAGCAACUUUUUCUUUAUUACAUAUGAGGAACUUCAUGGGGAUCUUCGAAAUAGUGUUAUAAAGAUCUGCGACUUUCUCGAGAAGAACUUAGAUGACUCACAGAUUGAUUUAGUUGUAAAACAUUCAUCCUUCAAUGCCAUGAAAGAAAACAAAAUGUCCAAUUACACUUUGAUUCCUCAGGACUUUAUGGAUCAAACUAAAGGUUCUUUUCUGCGCAAAGGCGUUACUGGAGAUUGGAAGAACCAUUUUACUGUAGCCCAGAAUGAGUAUUUUGAUGAAGUUUAUGCAGAGAAGAUGAAAGAUCUUUUCAUGGAGCAAUUUUGACUUCCAAUUGUACGAUUACAUAUAAAUUAACAAUAGUUGAGUAAUUUAUUAUUAGCCUUUAAAAUCAGUACAUCUAAUGGUACAAAUAAAACAUUAUUUAUUUCUAAAACAAAUAUAUAUAUACCGUAUUUUACGCCC